GUCUUACCGGGGGACGUUUGAAAAGUCUAGAUAUCAACAAAUUGUUAGUAAUCAUCCAUAAUCCUGAUGCAUUUUUUCUUCAGACUUUUUCUUUAAAGUUAAAGUGGGAUGUUGAAUAUGUCUGAUUUAUCUGAUACCGAUCGAGAACGUAUCGGGAAACUAUUCAGCGAUUUAGAUAUAGAUAAAGACGGUCGUAUCAGUGUUACUGAACUUAGUCGUGUCAUAAAAGGAAGCAAAGAUGAAACAGAUACUAACAACAAAACAGCUAAAAAAAUUAUGACCAAAGGAGAUAUGGACAAAGAUGAAACACUUACAUUUCAAGAGUUUCUUUCUUACAUUCAUGACACUGAAACUCAUUUGAAACUCGCAUUUAAAGAAAUUGAUCAGAACAGUGAUGAUCGGAUAGACGCUAGCGAAAUCCAGUCAGCCAUGAAAAGACUUGGUGCUAAUGUGAGCGAAGCCGAUGCACAGAAGUUGCUUAAGCGUAUAGAUAAGGACGGUUCCCUAGACAUUGAUUAUAAAGAAUGGAGAGACUUUUUGCUAUUUAGUGGGACUUCAAAGAUUGAUGAAAUAUUUAGAUAUUGGCGACACGCAUCAGCCAUUGACAUAGGUGAAAAUAUGUGUGUUCCGGAUGAUUUCACAGAAGAAGAAAAGAAGUCUGGAGAUGCCUGGAAAACAUUGGUCUCAGGAGGUAUUGCUGGUUGCAUCUCUAGAACUGUAACGGCGCCUUUGGACCGCAUUAAAUUAACAUGGCAAGCACUUGGAAGUAAGGCUUCAGAAGUAGGUUUAUUGGGGACAGUUAAUAAAAUGGUUAAAGAAGGUGGGGUAACAGCAUUAUGGCGUGGGAAUGGUGUUAACUGUUUAAAGAUUGCUCCAGAAUCAGCAAUUAAAUUUCAGGCUUAUGAAGUUUACAAGUGCUGGCUAAACGAAUCAUUUGGUAGUAAUCCAGAUGGAAGUCUUCAACUACAUACUAAAUUCUUAGCCGGUUCAUUGGCUGGUGCAACUUCCCAAAGUAUUAUAUAUCCUAUGGAGGUAUUGAAAACACGAAUGUGUUUGCGUAAAAGUGGACAGUACUCGUCAAUAUUUGACUGUGCUCGAAAGUUAUAUCACAGUAAUGGUAUUACUAUAUUCUAUCGUGGCUAUGUGCCUAAUAUACUGGGUAUUCUGCCGUAUGCUGGAAUAGAAUUGGCUAUGUUUGAAACAUUUAAACAAUCAUAUUCUAAAGCAUUUUUAUCAAAGGAUGAGAAGUCUCAAAAUAUACCUCCACCAGUUUAUGUUUCUGUUGUAGCCGGUGCUCUUUCAUCAUUAUGUGGUCAGUUAGGCACCUAUCCAUUGGCGUUGGUUCGGACAAAACUGCAGGCACAGGCAUCUUCAGAAAAAACUGGAUUAUUAAAGAUUGUCGAAAAUAUUGUAGAACAUGAAGGUGUGCCAGGUUUAUUUAGAGGAUUAGGGCCAAAUAUUCUUAAAGUUCUACCGGCUGUUAGUGUUUCGUAUGCAUGUUACGAUCAAAUUAAAGCAUUUCUACAUGUUUCAAAAUAGAUCUCUAUACCAUUUUAUUUACCUGAAUGUUAGAUCCUGACCAUUUUAAAAAUCACAUUUGUAUUCGAUCUACAAAAUACAUUCGGAUUUCCGCAAACUUAUUUAUGUUCACUGUUUAAUUACUGGAUGCAAAUACUCUUAUUUUUUUGUUGUUGUUUAGUUAAUCUCUCUAUAUUUUAUCAGAAGUUGAAUACUAAUUAAUUGUAAUGGAGUAUAUUUCAUUUUUGGAUGAUAUAUAGCUUAUUUUCUUUUAAUGUGGUGUUAUUGUUUCAACAUUGAAAUUUGAAAGGAGAUUUAUAUCCUAUUUUAGUCCAUGAUUAUCAUCAUCUUUCUGAAUGUUUUUAUUUUAGUCAGCAACAAGAAAUGGAUAUAUUUUAUAUGCACAUAUAUAGUAGUUUUCUGGUACUUACACAUUUACUGACUUUUUCCUACAAUGUAUUAUUUUUCCUUUUUUUCCGCUAACAUUCAUCAUUUACUUCUCCAAUUGAUUUUCAACAUAUCGCAUACAUCUUUAAGAUCUCUCUUGUCAGCAUAAUGGACUAUUUCGUCUAAAAUGUUUUUUGUUGCGGCUUAAAUUGGGAUUUUAAAUACACUUUUUAUAAUCUUUCCUACUUUUUAUAUCGUUCUGUAUAAAUGAAUUAGUUAUUUUGGUUUUUACAGUUUUGGAAUGGAAUUGAAGGACCAAAUCAAGAUAUAUUGUCGUUUUCAUAUG